CCAUGGAGUUCCAUCUGGCUGCCCAAAAGGAACCUGAGAUACGCUUCCAGCCCACUGGAGUGGAGGUCACGCUCUUUGCAUCUGCAGAGGCCUUCGUCAUCCUCCCGAACGCCAGCCUGGCCUCCGUGUUCCUGCUGAAUAUUGAUGCCAGCCUCACGGGACAACCCCUUCUUAAGCCAGGGAAGUCUGGGAAGUCCCUUGGCUAUGCCGGGGCUUUGGUGGCCCUGAAAAAGUUGCGCCUGUCCAAGGAAUGGUCCAAGGUUGGCGAGAUCAGGGUGACUGUUUUGGAGACGCUGCUGAAGGCAGCCAGCAACUUGGGGAUGUCAAAGCUCAACAAACGGCUGAAGCAAGUGAUUGCUCUUCCAAACAUGUACGGCUCCAGUUUACUGAACGCCACCGUCAUAAUGAACAAGGGACACAUGUUCAUCGCCACUGACCUGGUCCACGAGCCCCAGGCUGCUGUAUAGCCAUGAGGGGCACCCAGAAGGAAGAAGAAAGUCAGCUGCCCCCUGUUCCUGCCUCAGGGUUUUUCCCAAGAUGCUCACCUUGCACGCUCAGGAGUCAUUUGAGGCAGUGAUCAAGGACAAUGUGGGGACAUUGGGCCUUUCCUGGGGAAGUCAGGUUUGGGCAGAGAUGGGACAGUGCAGAGCCAGCCGAAAACAUUUUGCUGCCUGAAGCCAGAGGACAAGAUGACCUCCCCCUCCAGUUCCACGUCUAAAAGCCAGCAGGACUGAAAGUUGCAUCUUCCUUCAGAUACUGGGAUGCUACCUUCUGCCCCACCUGAGCAGAGCAGAAUAGCUUAAGGAAAUGCAGAACAGAGCCCGUUUCAUGCACAGCCCUGUCCUCCACCUCUUGGUGCAAAAGAAAAAUAUUGUUAUAGAAGCUGGGUACCAACCCCACCCUCUGCUGAGCGAUAGCAAGAUCCCAGGGCGUUCCAGGCACUCGCCCGGGGUCUGUGCUCCUUUGGAGAAUUGAAGACACGACGGAGACUGCCGUAGCUUUAAGAAAUAUGGUUUAUUCACAUAUGGACACAUUCAGUCUGCCUGGAGGGAGUCCAGAUCUUACAGCAGCAUGGACAUUUCAAGAGGGGUUUGUCCCCAACGGCAUUGCAACACUUGAGUCAAAAGCAUCUUUCCCAGACAGCCUUCAGCCAGCCUGCCCAAGAUGGAUCUCUUCUUUCUCUCUCUCUUCUUCCCAGCACACCUUGCUCUAAAGACUCUCUUUUCCUGACACUUCACAGCCAGUUAUCCUGGCAACCUUCUGUCUCUCCAGGCCCAAGAUCAACACCCUUUGUCCACCAUCAUCAUAAUUUAUUAUGGUCAAAGACCACCCUUUGUCCUGUUAAUGCCUCUGUCCCAGGUGAGGCCGUGGCUUGGAAAGGAAGCUUAGCUUGUAUUUUUCCACUGGCCUGUAAUCUUCCCUUCAAUACCCCAAAUAAUCAAAAUCCUAGACUUUCUUAAUUUCUUAAUAUAUAUAAUGGGAGAAUUCCUAGAUGCCAAGAUCCAAAUUU